AUGUCCGAACGUAAGGCCAUCAACAAAUAUUAUCCGCCCGACUGGGAUCCGUCCCAGGUGCCGAAGAAGCGCAAAAACACAAAUCCCAAUGCGGAGAAGGUGCGUUUGAUGCUUCCGUUCUCGAUGAAAUGUCUCCAGUGCAACGAGUACAUUGCCUCCAGACGCAAAUUCAAUGCUCGAAAGGAAAUCACCCCAGAAAAAUACAUGGGCAUCAAGAUCAUCCGCUUUCACAUCAAGUGCCCGCGCUGUAACAAUGGGAUUGUGUUUCGGACCGACCCAAAGUCGGCUGGCUUUGCGCCUGUCGAAGGAGGAGUCCGCAACUAUGAGUCGCUAGCGCCGCAAGAAAAAAUCAAGCCUUUGGAAACGGAGGAUGAGAUCUUCGAAAGGCUCGAACGUGAGGAGACAGAGAACAAGCGGUUCCAGGAACAAAAGGCGAAAAGGAAAAACAACCCGUUCUGGCAAGCCAAGGAUCAGGGCGAAAAGGACGUUUUGGAGUCCUUGGAGGAUAAGCUCGCGGACCAGCAGCGGGAACAGGAAAUACAUGACCAUUUGGCCUACUUGCAAGCUAAAUCGGCUCGACUCCAGCAAUCGGGUGGUGUCGAUCACGUGACAAACGUUGUCCAUGCCCAAGUUUCCCAAGCCUUGGCUAAGGAGAAGGCCAUCGAGGACAAUGACGAAGAUCUCGAGAAGGCGAAAGUCAUUUUUAGUACACGAGAAAAGCGGCCAAUGCCUGCGAGCGUUUCUGGUGUGAUUACAGUGAAAAAACCCAAGCGCAAGCCAGUUGACGAGGUGAAAAGUGCCAUAAUCGAAAAGAAAGACGAAGUGAAGGAGUCGAAGACGCAAACAACAGGGAAACCAUCUCUUGCAGUGCUGGCACUUGCAGGAUACUCGUCUUCUGAUGAAGAAUAA